UCACUGGAGCGGGUGAUGGAAAUGAAAAGUUAUCAGAAAAUCAAUCACUUCCCUGGGAUGAGUGAAAUCUGCCGCAAGGACUUGCUGGCCAGGAAUAUGAGCCGCAUGUUAAAGAUGUUCCCUAAAGAUUUCCACUUUUUCCCUAGGACCUGGUGUCUUCCUGCUGACUGGGGAGAUUUGCAGAACUACAGCAGGUCAAGAAAAAAUAAGACAUACAUUUGUAAGCCGGAUUCAGGCUGCCAAGGGAGAGGUAUAUUCAUCACGCGGAGGGUGAGAGAAAUCAAGCCAGGGGAGGAUAUGAUUUGUCAGCUCUAUAUUUCAAAGCCGUUUAUCAUUGAUGGGUUCAAGUUUGACCUCCGGAUUUAUGUGCUGGUGACAUCCUGUGACCCUCUCAGGAUUUUCGUAUACAAUGAAGGAUUGGCCCGCUUUGCCACAACGUCUUACUCCUACCCUUGCACAGAUAACCUGGAUGAUAUCUGCAUGCACCUGACUAAUUAUUCCAUUAAUAAGCACAGUUCAAAUUUCAUUCGAGAUUCUCACUCUGGCAGCAAGAGGAAACUCUCCACCUUCAACGUCCACAUGGAGACCCAUGGCUACAACGUGGAGCAGAUAUGGAGAGAUAUCGAGGAUGUCAUCAUCAAGACGAUCAUCUCGGCUCACCCAGCCAUCAAGCACAACUACCACACUUGCUUCCCCAGCCACACACUCAACAGUGCCUGUUUUGAAAUCCUGGGCUUCGACAUUUUGUUGGACUGCAAGCUCAAACCCUGGCUGCUGGAGGUCAACCACUCUCCAAGCUUCUCCACCGACUCCUGGUUGGACAAAGAGGUGAAAGACAGUCUGCUGUAUGACACCUUGGUUCUGAUCAACCUGGGAACCUGUGACAAAAAGAAAGUCUUGGAAGAGGAGAGACAGCGGGGGCGGUUCCUGCAGCAAUGUCAUUCUCGGGAGACCAGGAUUGAGGAAGUCAAGGGUUUCCAAGCUGUGUGGUUGGAGAAAACCGAGAAGUAUGAGAAGGAAAACCGUGGAGGAUUCCGGCUGAUUUAUCCCAGUCUGAAUUCGGAGAAGUAUGAGAAGUUCUUCCAGGAUAACAACUCCCUCUUCCAGAAUACUGUUGCUUCCAGGGCUCGGGAGCUGUAUACCCGGCAGCUGAUCCAGGAGCUGAGACUAAAACAAGAGAAAAAAGCCUUCCAAACAAAAGAGAAGAAAACAGAGAUGCAGGGGGAAUCAGCAGGCGAGCAAGUGAGGGGAAAGCACGCGGGGAGCUUGCGGCAGAAACAGCGGCAGGAGCGGGAGGCCACCACCGACACCUCCAAACAACACCUCCAGCCAUUGACGUUAGUGUCCUGCACACCUGACUUGCUCUUGAGUGUCAGCGAUGUAAAGAAAAAUGAGACAGACAACAGCCUCGACCAGGAGGCACCAAAGACGGAGAGUGGCCCUGUUCUCCCCAAGCCUUCGUCUGCGAGGCAGUACAGCUCUGUACCCGACCUAAGGACUUCAAGCUUCAAUGGCUCUGGGAUGGAGCUUGGUAAACCCAACCUCAGGAUCAAGGGGACCAAGUCCGCCUCUGCAGUGAACAUAUUUACUGGCACUGUGCCCUCAACCUCAGUAGAAACGUCUUCAUUAUUCACCACCCAGGUCUCAACAUCCCCUGAGGCUCUGCCAAACCUGACCCUAACAGCCAACUCCGAGUGCAGCAGCUCAGAGGUGGACACGAUGGUCUCCUUUCAAUACAAGCAGCAGGAGACCCCCCAGCACCUUAUCCAGGAGAAAAUAUUGAAACGUUCUCUGCCUAUAAAAUCCCAGAACUUCUGGGGUAAUAUGAACACAAACUGGACUUUGGUAAAGAAUGACAUGGGGAAGCAACAGCUGAUGUCACACCUCUUCACCAAGCUCCAACUGAGAGGAAAGCUCUCCUGGUUCCCAGCUCACUGCAACCCAAAGCUGGUGCUGAGUAACCAUUCACAAAACAUGGCACUGCCCCAGGAGUCCUACUCCCAUAGCAGAAGCUCUGGUGAGAAGAUGCAGCUGGAUGCGUCCUCCCUCCUCCUCUUGCAGAGUGCUCGCAGCCGGGACGUUUCUGUGAAUGACCUACUUGUGAUUGCCACUCCAGCCCGACUGGAUCCCAGACCUGGCAGAAGCCAUACAAGUGCCGUGAGGGUCCCGAGUAUAUCAGAUCAGGAAGCAUACAGUCAGUCCCUGAUCUCUGGUCAAAAAGGAUGUGAGAGGAACUAG